AUGAGUGAAAUUGAUGUUUGCAUUGUAGCUAUGCCAGGAUUUAAGUGCAAUUAUCCCGAAAUGAUUGCACUUGGAUUUCUAUUUUGCAUUACUGGCUUAGGUUCAAUAUAUUUCUUAAUUAAAAAUUUGAAAUCUCCAAUCCACAUCAAAGAACGCAAAGUUUUCAAUUCAAAUUCAUUAUUUUGGAUCACAAUGAUGAUAUGGAUGGUUUAUCGAGGCUUAAUAUUAUUAAUUCCUUUCAAUUAUACUUCAUCGACACUUUUAAUUUUCCAAGGAGGCGUAAAUGUCACAUUGGCUUUAAUUCCAAUAUCUCUUCUCGUUCUUCUUACAUGUGAACUACUUUUUUCAUACAGAAAUCCCGGCUACAAGAUUAUUUCAUUUUUCAGAUGCGUUUUUGCCGUUUUCGUUUUUGUUUUCUUAGUUACAGGCGUUGCAAUAUCGUUCAUUCCAACAGAUGAUAACAGUGACUCAGUUUUCGGAAUUUCCUUAUGGAGUGGCUGCACAGACUUACUUAUUCUUGUUUUCGUUGUUAUACCAGCAUAUCUUUUAAUCGACGCCAUUUCUUAUCCAAUUAUUCAACCAGAUGAUAUUCCCUGCGUUAAUCAGUCGAAAUUCGGACUUUCUAUAUUCGGAAUCCUCUUCUUCCUUCGUUCUUUGUACAAUAUAUUACACUACCUCAAACUUAAUCCAAUUUCUACUUGGCUUUCUCAUCAACAGAAUUCUGCCAAUAUUGCCAAGGCCAGAGCUUUCACUGCAUGCUUCACAUUCAUUUUUGAGUACUGCACUGGCAUUCUUGCGAUGAUUGGAUCAAACCUUAUCAGAAAACACGACCUUAAGUUCGCAGAAGAUCCAUUCUAUGCUCGUGGAGCUAGCGAUUCACUUAUUGUCGCUGGAUAG